AUGGCCAAGUCGAAGAAUCACACGGCGCAUAACCAGUCGGCUAAGGCCCACAAGAACGGAAUCAAAAAGCCAAGGAGGCACCGUCACACCUCCACCAAAGGAAUGGAUCCUAAGUUCUUGAGGAACCAGAGGUACGCAAGGAAGCACAACGUCAAGAGCGGCGAGAAUGCUACCGAAGAGUAA